UUAGCAUACAACGACACAUCUACGGGGGCGAGCCGCUACCUCGCGGAAAAUGGCAAUGAAGGCACUCAGAGGGAUGGUCAACGGAGCCAUGAACGAGCUCUCGUCGGCGGUGAGCGGCACGAAAUCCGCGGCGGCCAGGGAGCACGUCCAGGCGGUCAGUCGGGACUACAUUUCUCAACCGAGACUCACUUAUAAGACUGUGUCUGGCGUCAAUGGGCCUCUAGUGAUUCUCGAUCAGGUGAAAUUCCCCAGAUAUGCCGAGAUUGUUCACUUGACCCUUCCCGAUGGCACGAGGAGAAGCGGACAGGUGCUGGAAGUCACCGGCUCCAAAGCUGUAGUACAGGUUUUUGAAGGAACCUCUGGUAUCGAUGCCAAAAAGACCAGCUGCGAAUUUACUGGGGACAUUCUCCGUACCCCAGUAUCAGAAGACAUGCUUGGCCGUGUUUUCAAUGGAUCAGGAAAGCCAAUUGACAGGGGCCCUAUGGUUUUGGCAGAGGACUAUCUGGACAUCAUGGGACAGCCCAUCAAUCCACAGUGCAGGAUCUAUCCAGAGGAGAUGAUCCAGACAGGCAUCUCUGCCAUUGAUGGCAUGAACAGCAUUGCUCGAGGACAGAAGAUCCCUAUCUUCUCAGCAGCAGGACUUCCGCACAAUGAGAUUGCAGCACAGAUCUGUCGACAAGCUGGUCUGGUAAAGAAGCCUAAAAGUGUAAUGGAUUAUAGCGAAGAGAACUUUGCCAUUGUGUUUGCUGCCAUGGGGGUUAACAUGGAAACAGCACGAUUCUUCAAGUCUGACUUUGAAGAGAAUGGAUCUAUGGACAAUGUGUGUCUCUUCUUGAACCUAGCCAACGACCCCACGAUCGAGCGCAUCAUCACGCCUCGCCUGGCCCUCACCACCGCUGAGUUCCUGGCCUACCAGUGUGAGAAACAUGUGCUAGUUAUCCUGACAGACAUGAGCUCCUAUGCUGAAGCCCUGCGAGAGGUGUCUGCUGCUAGAGAGGAGGUGCCUGGCCGGCGUGGCUUCCCUGGCUACAUGUACACAGACCUGGCCACCAUCUAUGAGCGAGCGGGGCGUGUGGAGGGCCGCAGUGGCUCUAUCACGCAGAUUCCGAUCCUCACCAUGCCAAAUGAUGAUAUCACUCACCCCAUUCCUGAUCUGACUGGUUACAUCACAGAGGGCCAGAUCUAUGUUGACAGACAACUACAUAACCGACAGAUUUACCCACCAAUCAACGUGCUGCCUUCUCUGUCUCGACUGAUGAAGUCUGCCAUAGGGGAGGGAAUGACCCGUAAGGACCAUGCUGAUGUGUCCAAUCAGCUGUAUGCUUGCUAUGCCAUUGGGAAAGAUGUGCAAGCCAUGAAGGCUGUGGUUGGGGAAGAGGCAUUGACUGCAGAUGACCUCCUGUACCUGGAAUUCCUACAGAAAUUUGAGAAGAAUUUCAUCACCCAGGGUGCCUAUGAAAACCGUAGUGUGUAUGAGACACUGGACAUCGGUUGGCAGCUCAUGAGGAUCUUCCCCAAGGAGAUGCUGAAAAGGAUCCCACAGAGCACCCUGGCCGAGUUCUAUCCCCGUGACUCCAAACACUAACCUGUCUCUCCAUCACUGCAAUUGGCCCCUUUCCCCUGUCACUGUCUUUUUGACCAUGCUGCUGUUCUCACAUUGCUAAGGCAAAUUUUGAACGUAUUGUGACUAUUCUGUGUGUGUUUCAGCUUGAUGAUGCCUCAGUAGAGUAGUCUGUGUGCCUGAUAUAUGCAUUUUAUGUGAACGACUUGAAACGUCAUACUUUAAAUUAUUUAAAGAAUAUUUUUUGACAUAUGUAACUGAGAGAAUUUUUCUGUAAUCAUAUGUAUACUGUGCCAAGUAGUCAAUAAGCCAUUUGCCACUGGGGAACAUUGCCAUAAAAACACUACAAGGAAUUGAAAAUCUAAUUUUUUUCCCCCCUUGAAGUAGGUAAAUGGACUGAAUAAUAUAAUGUAGUAAAAGAUAGCGAAACCCUAUAGAGUUAGUGAUUAUUUAUGAACAUUAACACUAAACAGUGCCUCGCUUUGGCCAACAACUUAGCUGAGAUGUCAAGAUUUUAAUGCAUUAAUUUGUAGGGGCUUUGUAUUCCAUUCGGCCAUGUGAGAAAUUGAACAGUACUAACUGUCGAGCUGCUGGAUAGAACAUUCAGGUGUUGAAUUGAUAGCUAGAUGAGGAUAACCAAAAUCAUAAAGAUUCAUGGGAGAUGUGGGAAUGCUGUCUGUAUAUGUAGUUUCUUUCUACAGUGUGUUCUUCAUUGUGUUCUGAAAUAAGCAGAACAUUUGUCGAAAUGCUCACGAGUGAUCUUUGUAAUUAACGUCUAGACUUAAUCGUCGAACAAAUCUAAAAACUGUUUGUUUUCCAUAGAUCUAUUGAACCGUUAUCUGUUGAAUCAUUUGUAUCAGUUGCUUUGCCAGUGUUUACAUGUUGAAGUAUUAUUUACAAAUAUUGUUUAUUGCAUUUGUUUACAGUGGAUUGCUCUCUGGGUGUGGUGUACCCUACAAAAUGUCAAUCUAUAAUUUUAUGUGAAUUAUUACAAACGUAAUGCAUACAGAUGUUAUUGUGCAUUUAUUUUCUGUGUUGUGCUGUAGCAGAAUGCAGGUAUUAUAGUGAACUUCCAUAAAGUACUGUUGUAUAAAUUAUGAUUCAUCUUGUUGUCAUUAAUAAUUCUGUAUGACUCACCAGGAUAUGUAUAUAGAGAGGUUUAUCCAAGUGUGCAGGUUAAGCCAAUUAUUAAUAUGUAGUGUAUUUGAGGAAUA